UAUGGGAGCGAGAAAGACAAGUCUAUAAAGUUGGUUUGGCUAAUGUUUGACAAAACUUGACCUGUACAAAGGUAAAACAACACUGAGCUACAUGAGUAGUUUUCAUGGGAUCGGGAUGUGAGGGGCUCAUUCCCUCCCCUCUUACGUAAGCCAUGAAACUCGAUCGGGUCCCGCAGAUAUGAAGUGUGAAGAGGCUGAAAACAUUGACGAAUUAAAUAAUAUGCCUGUUGAUUCUAUACGGAUCGAACCAUAUUUAUCGAAGCUGAAACUAAAAGCAGAGGCAGAAAAAAGCAUUCGAUUCUUGGAUUCGUCAAAAACCUUUUUGAUAAGGUUUUUGCGAGCCAGAGACUUUGAUGUUGAACUGGCGCUCAAGCUGUUAAUUAACUAUCAUAAAUGGAGACAAGAAUGUCCAGAAAUAACUGCUGAUCUGCGUCCAUCAUCCGUCAGAGGACUGCUCCAAAACAAUUACCAUGGAGUUUUGACAUCACGAGAUGAUGCUGGAAGUCAAGUUUUAAUCUAUCGGGUUGGUCAGUGGAACCCCAAAGAAUUCACUGCUUAUGAGGUUUUUCGUGUGAGCCUCAUUACAUCUGAGCUUAUCGUUCAAGAACGGGAAACUCAAAGAAAUGGACUCAAAGUCAUUUUUGAUCUUCAAGACUGGUGCUUUGCUCAUGCUCUGCAGAUAAAGCCUUCUUUGGCAAAAAAGUUAUCAUCUAUACUUACGGACUCCUUUCCUUUGAAAGUACGAGGCAUACAUUUGAUAAAUGAGCCCAUUUUUUUCAGUCCCGUCUUUGCCAUGAUCCGUCCAUUUCUACAAGACAAAAUCAAACAAAGGGUUCAUAUGCAUGGAAGUUCAUAUGCCCAGAGUCUCUGUGAUUAUUUUCCGAAGGCUAUCCUCCCACCUCAGUAUGGAGGCACAGGACCCAGCAUAGAUGAAGUGUGCCAAGAGUGGACAGAGUUCAUCAUGCAAUCUGAAGACUAUCUCCAUAAGCUCUCUACAGUCUUAGGCAGAGGAGAUCCAUCUCAGUUAUCUGCCCAUGAAUGAAUACAAUGAAGGUACAAGAUGCCAUGUGCUCUUUGUUUUAGGUGAUAUUACAACUGCUGCUGUGAAAGUAUACAUUCUUUCUGUGUAAUUUCAGUGAAAAUCAUCAGAAUAAUAUUACAGAGACUUCACACGCCACCAGGCUUACUAUGAAACAGAUGUUUGAUAAUGUAUUCGGAAUGGAAUGUCCCAACAUAGCAUUUUCUAUCUUGGACAGAGCUGAGAUAUACCUAUUUCUGACACUUACUAUUGCUGAAUUUUUCUUAUAUUGCACAGGAUUGAAUGGUGCAGCUUUUCAAAUUGUCUUCUCAUACUCCAGACUGGAAAGAUAAUUUGCACUGUCAAAAGUGACAUUCCCACAGUUACUUAUUUUAAUAGUCAUAGUUUUGGAUAAUGAGAUUUUAAUGAAAUCUUUAUAUUUGACAUUGCAAGUACUUGAUAUACCUCUGAUGAUACAAUAAUGUAUGUGAUAUCUGUUUGCACAGGAAGUCACUAACUAGAAUGUUGUCCAAGAUUGUAACAUGAAAGUGCCUUCCUUUUACUUCUGAAUUACUUUUGUUUUAACAAUGGACAAAACUCUGGAAUUAUAAGUCUGUGUGCUUUGGGAAUAAGAUCAUAGUCAAGCAUAGUCAUGAGCCACUUAAUUAUGCUGCAACUGUUUAAAGUGAUCAUAUUCUCUGAAAUAAAGGAACUAUAACUGGACCUUUUUUUAAAUAUAUUUUAAUUAGAAAGCCUCUGUUAGAUGAAAUGUAAAUUGAAGCCUUUUGCAUUUACAAAAACAACUUAACACAUGUGCUUAUUCUGUUUAUAGCAAGUAGCACUUUGGUCUAUUGCCUUUAGCUCAGCCUCUUAAACAAAUAAGACUAAUGACCUUACAAUAGCUCUUCAUGUUGACCAUUUCUUUAAAUGUUAACAUUUUGAAACCAUAUUUGUACAUAUUUGUUUUUACACGUUAUUUUCUAUCACAUGCUGUGUUUGAAAAUCACUCUUUUACAUUAGUAUUUAAUUAUUUAAUUGUCCUAAUUUGUAACUCUAAUCUCACUGUUUACUUUAAGAGGCACUUUUUUAUUUACAUAUAAAUUAUAAUGUGAUAAUAAAACUCCAUCUAGACAAAUAUAUUAAUGCACAAUGUGCAACUUGACAACCAGAUAAUUGCAAAGGUCAUUGUGUGAAAUUCCUUACCAACUAACAGAAAAGGUUUUGUUGUGACAUUUAGAGUAAUACUUGAUUUGAUCAUACUUUUAUCUACUUUGGGAAGUUCUUCAUUAUUAGCUGCCACAGCUCUAAAGUUUGAUUUUAUGUGCUUUCCCCCCUAGCCUUUUAGGAGUCUCAGAUCACAUUUCAAAUGUCAGAACUCACAUUUAAAUACAUUCAGAAUAUACCAUAAGGCUAAAAGUAUGUGGACACCUAAACACCACACAUAUGUUCUUGUUGAGGAUUUAAUUUUAAAAUAAUUGUCAUGAAAACUGAGUUGGUUUUCCCUAACAGCUUACACUCUUCUGAAAAGGCUUUCCUAUAGAUGUUGGAACAUGCUGCAGGAACUUACUCCCAUUCAGACAUAAGAGCAUCAGUGAGGUCAGGCACUGAUGUCGCAUGCAUUCGGUGUUAAAUGGGGUUCAGAUCCAGGCUAGGCUAGACAAGUUCUUCCACACAAGACUCACUAAAUCAUUUAUGGACAUUAAAGGGGCAUUAUCAUGCUGGAACAAGUUGGAAUCUAUGAUGAUGUAUGGAGUAACAUAAAGUUGUCUCUUUACUGGAAUCACAGGAAUAACAAAAACCUGUUAAACCAAACCUAUAAAAUCAUAAGAAGGAGGUGUCCACAUACUUUUGGCCAUAUAGUCUAUAUUCAAAAAUCAUUAAAAAAUAGCAUAAUCUUAUUUUUAUAUCUUAGUAGUUAAGGACAUAAUAUGCUGGGUUGCCCCUAUGGGGCAACCCAGCAACUAAGGAGAUAUGAAGAUAACAAUCAUCACCAUUUUGACAUUUCGCAAUUGGGACAUAACCUUAUGUUGCUUCAUGGGGAAUGUCUGAAUGUGGAACUGGUGUACAAAAAAGUUGUUUUAUAUAUAUAUAUAUAUAUAUAUAUAUAUAUAUAUAUAUAUAUAUAUAUAAACAGAAGGUUAUAGUUCAAUUGUCUAUUUUCAAAACAAAUAAUUAUUGUGUGAAUAGUAAGGUAACAACGCAACAUUGUACUCCAGAGA